CCGUCAACGCGUCCGCAUAUACGAUUAGGUGCUAAGGCGUUGUCCACCAUACAAAAGAAAAGUGAGAGGUCUAUCUACAUGCAAAUCUCCAAAUCUGUGAAGAGAGAUUAGGUUUUCAGAGUAAACAACAACCAAAAGAGUGAGCGGAGCUGAAAACAGCCAUGAUCCGGCUUGGUUCGAAAGAGAUGAGGUCUAACACUUCACCACCUUUAACAAGGUCCCAAACCUAUCCGUUGGAAAGUAUGCCUCCAGAAAUGAAAGAGGAGAUUCUCAUGAAAUUGAAGGGAAAAUACAUCUCCAAGUUCAUCAGCGUUUCUAAAUCCUGGUCAUCGAUGGUACGGAGCAAAGUUUUCACCAACUUGUACCUGAAUCGAUCUUUGGCUCAGACACGUAUUCUUCUCUCACUAAUCGACCGUGGAGACAGGGAGAAGCAGGUCUUCCACUCUUUCUCUCAGGAGGAUCCACCUUCUGAUCAUCAUACGGUCAGUUGUAACCGGUAUCAUGACUCUUCUCCACCUGUCCGUGGUUUGAUUUGCUGUCUAAAUGUUUAUAAUCUAGUGAUGAUUGGGAAUCCUAGUACUUCCCAGUUCAUAACUUUACCGAGAGUCAUAUCAAUGAGAAAAGACACAAGCUGCUUCUUUGGAUAUGACCCUGUUAGAGGUGAAUACAAAGUGCUGUGCACGAUGGUACCACGUAGAUUUCAUCAUCUACGUGGAGCAUCAUCAAGAGUUGUUGCGUCGCAGGAGCAUCAAGUUUUCACUCUAGGAGCAACAAGAAAGAGAUGGAGAAGCAUCGAAUGUCAGCAUCCCCAUCAAACUCGUCGUAGAACUCAAGGGAUAUGCAGCAACGGGGUUGUGUAUUAUCUAGCUUGGAUCCAACUUGUUCGGUCUUUGAUAUGCUUUGAUGUGAGGUCUGAAAAGUUUAGUGUCAUUGAGUUACCCAGGGACGUUCAAGUCCAACUUCUAUCCAACUACGGCGAAAAGAUAGCUGUAACGAAUCUGUUAAUCAACGGUACACUUGACUUGUGGGUUCUUGAAGAUGCUAGCAGACAAGUAUGGUCAAAAGUGUCAGUCGUGAUUCCUUCUUGGAAUGAUUCAUUUAGGUUUUUUCAAACAGAAUUCAAGUUCAGGGGUACACUUGGCACCGGCGAGCUUGUAUUUGCACCCAAAUUUGUCCGAGACCCGUACUUUCUACUAUGUUACAAUCUCAAGGAAAACAAAGCUAGAAAAAUCAACAUCCAAGGCAUUGGGAGUCAAUUUACUGCUAGAGAUGUCUAUUUGGAUCAUGUUGAGAGUCAUAUGAUUCUGGAACCUUUAAGGUAAUCAUCUGCUGAUGACUAGUUGAACUAGUCUAGUUCUGUGGUUACUUCGUGUUGCCUGAACUAAACUCUCUCUCUCUUUCAACUCUCAAGUUUGAACUUUGAAGUUUCAGUUAAGUUGUUGCAUAUUGUUGUUUAUGUUUUAAGACUUGUCCUGGUUGAAUUUUAAUCAGUGGUUUUGUGUAUGCUUAUGGAUAAAUGACUUUGUUUUAAA